GGUUGUGAAGACGAAGAAUAAUUUUAUGAACGUCUGAAAUAUUGGUAUUUCGUCAUAUAAUCUCUAAUUAAUGUGGGCUUAAUCAAAAUAAUAAUGUUUGUCUUUUCAGAACGAAUAUGAAAAAGAUUAAGAAUCAAACCUCUGCAGUGGUGUAAACUUGACCAAUCUUCGAUAAGUAUUCUGUAAUCUACGGCACCAUGGAUACCAAAGAAGUAGUUGAACAUUUGGUGGCCUUAAAAGUUAUGAGAUUAACGAAGCCUGCAUUAAUAAGUCCUAAAAUCGUAACUUGCGACUCUAAAGAUCUACCAGGUAACAUUCUGAAUAAUUAUUUGAAGGAUGACGCCACGGCAGUUACUCAAAUGGAAACUCUUGCCGCGGGACAGUUCCUGCUACUCCCGCAAAGUUUCGGCAAUAUCUAUUUGGGAGAAACCUUCUCGUGUUAUGUUUGCGUUCACAAUGAAACAAAUCAACCUGUACAAAGUGUCUCUAUUAAAGCAGAUUUACAAACAAAUUAUCAAAGAAUACCAUUAACAACUCAGCAAAACCAGUCUCCCAUCAUGUUAGAUGUUGAUGAGACAUUAAGUGACGUUAUACACCAUGAAGUUAAAGAUUUGGGAACCCACAUUUUAGUAUGCGAAGUUACAUACAUGUCUAACUAUAAUACAUUGGCUUCAUUUAGGAAGUUUUUUAAGUUUGAAGUCAUGAAACCGCUGGAUGUAAAAACAAAGUUUUACAAUGCUGAAUCAGAAGAUGUUUAUCUUGAAGCUCAAGUGCAGAAUAUCACUUCAGGUCCAAUUACUUUGGAGCAAGUUUCCCUUGAAAGUUCUCAGCAGUUUUCAGUACGGUCCCUCAAUGAAAUCAAUGACAAUGUUUCUGUUUUUGGUAAUGUUACCUUGCUACAACCCCAAGAAAGCUGUCAGUAUUUAUACUGUCUCACACCAAGAGAGAGCAUUUCUAAGGAAAUAAAGCUAUUGGCUGCUGCUAAGAAUAUCGGAAAGUUGGAUAUUGUUUGGAGAUCUAAUUUAGGUGAAAAGGGCAGAUUGCAAACCAGUCAGUUGCAGAGAAUGACUCCUGAUUAUGGAGAUUUAAGAGUUACUUAUGAGCAGUUGCCUAGUAAAGUAACCUUAGAUGAACCAUUUGACUUCAGAUGCAAGAUUACCAAUGCAAGUGAGAGGACAUUAGACUUAAUCUUAAAGCUCCGAUCUCUUCAAGAUUCUUGUUUGCUUUGGUGCGGAGUUUCUAAUAGAAAGUUAGGUCCUUUGGAGUCAGGAAAUUCCAUUACUGUGACAUUGACUGCCUUGCCUAUUAAUACAGGCCUUCAUGAUAUUGCUGGAGUAUCCCUGGUUGAUUUGUUCCUGAAGAGAACUUAUGAUUAUGAUGAUUUGGCGUCAGUUUAUGUGUGUUAGUUUUAAUUCUACAUACUGGACUAUCUGUAGAAUAAUAAAGUAUUUUAGGUCAUACCAUUUCCAAUUACAAUAUUUAUGAAGCAUCCACCUUAUAUUUUUUUGUA